AUUUACUUCUAUUUUCAAGUCAUACCAAUGUAAAACGAUCAUGGCAAUUCAAUGCCUUUAAUGAAUAUGUAUGUUUAUCCAUUUCUCGUUUCGGGACAGGAGAACAUGAGUGGGGAGAAAAAAUCCCCCCGGACACCGCUUUCUACACGUACCUUUAAUAAUCUUAUUGAUAUCCAUUUGUGUUUUUGGCUCCCUUGUAUUUUUGGUUGUUUACCGCAGUUGCUACUGCGAGUCAAUCUGUGGAGACGUUCAAGGUUCCUCAAAUGGAUAAUGGGAGCGGUAAUCUCUACGAAUGGGGGCAUAUGCUAUCAAUUCAGCACAGUAGCAUACGCACCUUAUACGCACUAGUACUGAUUUUGACAGAUAAAUAUAACCCAAUAAAACCUUGACUCUAGGUAGCACUUAUG